AGCAGGCGUGGGAAGCCCGGGUGCCGAUGGUCUCGUUUACCUACUAGCUCGGCCAGUCGGGCACUAAUAGUGCGCUUCCUCGCGGCUGUCGUAAGUCCCACGCUGUUGACUGUGCCACCGAUCUCCGAUUCUGUCCUCGAGGCAAUAAAGAUGUGGCGAAGGCCCGAGGUUAGGCUGCUGCCACUGCACUUAGUCCUGCGACUCCCCAAGGACUGGCCGAGGAAUGGCGGGCUAGCCACUUCCCAGUCCUGUCCCUACGGGAUCUGAAAAGACUCAGCAUCCCGGGAUCCGGAGGGUCACUUCCCUCGCUGCAUCCCCAUUGUGCAACUGCCAGUCUCAAAAUUGAUGUAGGUUAAUCUCCUGGAGAAACUAGAGGCAGCCAAGGAGGAUGCUGUUGCAAGAGAUUCCAGGAAAAGAUAAUGAUAAUGUGGACUUGGAAGAUGGCAGAGGAGUUGCAGAAAAGUGACCAGAUUUUAGAGGUCUACAGUCUCUACUCUGCAAUUCCAAAACAGGACAAAAAACAAAAACACUGUGAAACCCAAAAGUGUUUUUGUAAGUUUGGCACCAGGAUUAUAUGCCCAAAAAAAACCUACUGUGAACAAAUAUGAAGCCUCUAUUGUCUCAGCACUUGUAUCCCUAAGUCACAUAUGCCUCUAUUUGCUGACAUUUUCUGACUUGGGGAUUAAUUCCAUGGAAAAUGUCGAAAAGAGCUAAAGAUAUACCUACGGGUAACAGUGAGAAGAAGAAAAGGAAGCAUCUGUCUUUAUCAGUAUCUCAGAAAGUGGAGUUAUUGCAGAAACUUGAUGUUCGUAUGUUUGUGAGGUGUCUUACUGAAGAAUAUGGUAUGGGAACCACCACGAUAUAUGACUUAAAGAAACAGACAAGGUGUUGAAAUUUUAUAGUGACAGUGAUAACCGGGAACUAAUGAAAAUUAGAAAAAUAACGCAUAGAGCCAAAAAAGAAGACCUUGACCCUGUGUUGAGUGAAUGAAUUCGACAACAAAGAAGUAAAGAUAUACCACUGACUGGUUUGUUGGUCAUGAAACAAGCUAGAAUAUACCAUGAAGAACUGAAUGUUGAAGGAGAGUGUGAAUAUUCAGAAGGCUGGCUGCAGAAAUUUAAAAAGUGUCAUGGAAUCAAGUAUCUUAAAAUCUUGGUGAAAAAGCUUCUCCUGAUGAUGAAGCUACUGAAAAUUACAUUGAUGAAUUUGCUAAGAUAAUAUCUCAUGAAAAUCUUAGCCCUGAACAGAUUUACAAUGCUGAUGAAACAGCUCUGUACUGGUGCUGUGUUCCUAGAAAAACCUCAACAAUGGCUAACAAAAGAGCAACAACAGAUGUCAAAGAUAACAAGCAAAAGUUAACUAUUCUUGGGCAUGCUAAUGCUGCAGGCACACACAAGAUAAAAUUGGCAGUGAUCGGAAAUAGCCUAUAUCCAAGGUGUUUAAAAGGUGUGCAUAAUUUACCUGUACAUUAUUAUGCACACAAGAAAACAUCAGUAAUGGAAAAUAUUUUCCAACUGGUUUGAUAGGCACUUUGUGCCAGCAGCAUGAGCUCAUUGCAAACUGGACCAGAAGACAAUUGCAAAAUUUUAUUGUUUCUAGAUAACGGUUCUGCAUAUCCCCCUCCUGCACAUCUUGUGAAGAGCAAUGCUUUUGGCAUUGACUUUUCCCCCAGUGUGAUGUCUGUAAUACAGCCUUGUGACCAAGGAAUUCUACAUUCUGUGAAGAGCAAGUAUAAACACUUUUUUUUUAAAAGUAUACUUGCUUCAGUUAACAGAGGCCUGAAAAUCCAGGACUUCCUUAAAGAAUUUAGUCUUAAGGAUGCCAUCUACACAGUUGCUAAUGCUUGGAAUGAUGUUGAUAAGUCAACAUUAACAAAUAGUUGGCACAGACUUUGGGCUACAAUGAUGUUUGAAAAUGACCUAGCUGAUGAAGAUUUUGAAGGAUUUCAUGACUCGAAUGAGAAGACAAUGGUAGCAUAACUCAUUAUCUUUGCCAAAAGUUUAUCAGCCAAAAGUGUAACUAAGUUAGAAGAAGCUGAUGUUGAAGAAAUGGUUAAUAUUGAUAAUGAUGAACCCGUAGUGCACCCUAAGAGUGAUGGGGAAAUUGCUGAGAUGAUGUUAAAUGCAGAUCAAUAUGAAGGUGGUAGUAGUCAUGAUGAUGACAUUAUGCAUUUGGGUGAAAAAAAUUUCCAUAGAUCAUAUGGUGAAAAUGUGUGACUGAUUAAUUGCUGGCCUUGAACGAUGUACAUUUAUCAGUGAGCAAGAGCUGAUGACAAUUUAGUCAAUUAAAGAGAAACUGCUUAGACAGAAACCAGUGUUAAGGAGGCAGGUGAAACUGGGAAAAGUAUUUAAUAAAGUUCUCUCUGGUUAUGCCGCUUCAUCUCUUGACAAUCCUGUUUCUGGCUCAUCAGAUGUCCAGCUCCAACCUGGUUUCAUAGACAUGGUAAUACUGGAACAACCUCUUCUCCAAGAUUCUCAGGCAGUCAGAGAACUCAGAAGCAAUGCUUGUAGAUGCAACAGCCACCUUCUUAUCAAAGAGCUGAAAGUUCCACAUUGAAGACAGCAGAGCAGGAAGAUAAAAGCAGGCUGAUUCCUUGAGCAGCUGUUAAUUCUCUUUUUAUAAGUGAGGAAACUGAGGAUCAGGGACAUUGAUUAUCCCUGGUCAGUUACUGCUUAAACCGCAGAGCUGGGGUUCAAAUCCAUGUUUAUAUUACCUCAAAGUUAUUUAUUUUUUUACUAUAUUUCAAAGUUUCCUAAAAGGAUGAACAUAUUUAGAACCCUUUCUCCCCACAUCUACAGAUUGUGAUGGCAAAGCAACCUGUGAUGGACAAAACAAAGUAUCCAAUAUCUUUGACUCAGAACUACAAAUAUUUCUUACAUGUUCUCUUUAUUAAAUACUAACAACUCCAGCCUGAUUAACAAAAUGACCACGCAGUUCUCUGGCAUUCAUCUUCUAUUCAUGCCAGUAAAAAAAGGCUUCAGUGAUAAGCAACUCGUGAUGAGUGUCAGCAACAAGUAGUUGCCACCCAAAGAACACACACAAGAAAAUGGCCUAACAGAGAGGUCACAAACAAAGGGAUGAUAAAUGUGGAUUGGUUACCAUGUAUGUUUACUAACUUGCUUGAGCUCAUAUAAAUACCACUAAUAAUUAAGGUUUCUUGCUGCUCUUUUAACACUCUGGAGCUGAAUUCUUAGGUGGCAACAAUUAAUCGGAGCUGCUCCCUCCCAGUACACCAUCCCAUUCUACGCUCCUUCUCUGACUCUAAGCAUUCCCAUGGUUUGGCAUGGACAUCGGUGGAACGCUGGUUAAAUUGGUCUACUUCGAACCGAAGGAUAUUACAGCCGAAGAGGAGCAAGAGGAAGUAGAGAACCUGAAGAGCAUCCGGAAGUAUUUGACUUCUAAUACUGCUUAUGGGAAAACUGGGAUCCGAGAUGUCCACCUGGAACUGAAAAACCUGACCAUGUGUGGACGCAAAGGGAACCUGCACUUCAUCCGCUUUCCCAGCUGUGCUAUGCACAGGUUCAUUCAGAUGGGCAGCGAGAAAAACUUCUCUAGCCUUCACACCACCCUGUGUGCUACAGGAGGUGGAGCUUUCAAGUUUGAAGAGGACUUCAGAAUGAUUGCUGACCUGCAGCUGCAUAAACUGGAUGAACUGGACUGUCUGAUUCAGGGCCUGCUUUAUGUCGACUCUGUUGGCUUCAACGGCAAGCCAGAAUGUUACUAUUUUGAAAAUCCCACAAAUCCUGAAUUGUGUCAAAAAAAGCCGUACUGCCUUGAUAACCCAUACCCUAUGUUGCUGGUUAACAUGGGCUCAGGUGUCAGCAUUCUAGCUGUGUACUCCAAGGACAACUAUAAAAGAGUUACAGGGACCAGUCUUGGAGGUGGAACAUUCCUAGGCCUAUGUUGCUUGCUGACUGGUUGUGAGACCUUUGAAGAAGCUCUGGAAAUGGCAGCUAAAGGCGACAGCACCAAUGUUGAUAAGCUGGUGAAGGACAUUUACGGAGGAGACUAUGAACGAUUUGGCCUUCAAGGAUCUGCUGUAGCAUCAAGCUUUGGCAACAUGAUGAGUAAAGAAAAGCGAGAUUCCAUCAGCAAGGAAGACCUCGCCCGGGCCACAUUGGUCACCAUCACCAACAACAUUGGCUCCAUUGCUCGGAUGUGUGCGUUGAAUGAGAAUAUAGACAGAGUUGUGUUUGUUGGAAAUUUUCUCAGAAUCAAUAUGGUCUCCAUGAAGCUGCUGGCAUAUGCCAUGGAUUUUUGGUCCAAAGGACAACUAAAAGCUCUAUUUUUGGAACAUGAGGGUUAUUUUGGAGCCGUUGGGGCCCUGUUGGAACUGUUCAAAAUGACCGAUGACAAGUAGAGAUGAGCAGUGGAGGGAACAGCCUCCCCAAAGGACAGAGAACUAAAAAAUUGCUGCUGGAGAAGGUGAAAGUCGCUUUGGGACGGAAACCAAGCCAUUAUGGCAGAUGAACCUGCUGGAUUUGUAAAUAAUUUAAAAUCCUUCCAGAUGAUCUUUUACUCUUAGGUUUUGAGCUAAUGAUUCAAAACGGGGGAAUAUAAAAGGUUUUUUUCUGUAUACUGUAUUUUUUUAAAAAAAUGGUGCAGCGUGGCCAAACCUACCAAUUGUAUGCAUUAACUUUGAAAAGUUGUUUGAUGUUUAAGAAGGACCUGAUAUGUAAGCGCUGUUCAUUUUUCUUCUGGGGUUUACUGAUCAGUGUGGUGAUUUUAACUUCAUUUAGUAAUUACUCUAGGAGAUUUUACCUUGACUCAUAUUUUUCAUGACGUUUCAUGAUUUGCUGUUGGUUUCAAAUGAAACUACAAAUCUGGCAUGUUUUACUGUGAACACUUUUGUUAUUUGUUUGUUUACCCUUUUUUGUCUUGUUUUUCUGUUUUAGUUGUCUUAUGAAAAAAGAGAGUCCUUCCCUCUGUUUCUGUCCUCGGAUGAUCUCCCUCCCCUACCUGUAAACUUUCUUUGACAUAAUUGUUCAUAUCAAUGAAGGUGCUGACCAGCUCAAUACAAAGUUAAGCACAAGAUCUAAAGCUCUUGAAAAUGCCGGUGAAGAGAAGACUGAAUGUUAAUGAAUUUAAUGAGUCUGGCAAGUUUGUCUUAUCCCUUAUAAAUGUAGUGUUUCAUUGGAUUUAUUUUAUGCUAGGUGAUAUUAAGUUGAAAUAGUCUAUGAUGAAAUGUCCUCAUCCAUGCACAGAAUAUGAAUGGCAGCAAAUCUUUGUGCAAGAAGUUUGGAACUUAUUGGGAAAAGCCUCCCAGUUGAUUAAUUGUUCAUAUCAGGAGAUUUAGGGUAAGUCAUGGGUUGAGGUGUCAGAUAGUAAUAUCUGUUUGUUUUGUACAUGUAUAUAUCUAGGAAAUUUGUAACAAUACAUCUUUAAUAAUGUUAAAGUUUUUUUCAUUUUUAAUAUUUUAAACUAAAAACUGUACUUCAAUCUCAGUUUCUAAAAUUAAAAAUAAUUUAUACUAAUCUAUAUAUUUUUUCUUUUUGAAAGAUUUCAUUAAGAUUGAUGGGUAACUUUCAAAUGAGGGUCACGUACAAAUAUCGGAAUGCGUGAGAUCCCAUGAUCUUGUGUAUUGAGCUUAUUGUUGAAAGGGAUUUUUGAAGGACAGAACAAUUACUCCAUGAUGAAUCUUCCUUUCUCUGCCUUCUGAGCACCGUCUUUAAUUUCCAUAUCUUCAAGUCUUGAAGAAGUUGAUGUUAAUUGAAGAACUCAUUUGUCUGGUUGAAAUAAAGCCUGUUUCUGUUGUGAUGUUUUUAGUGUAUAUGUUAUUUUCAUUUCUUAAUUCUCAUGUUUAUAGUAUCGGCUUUGUACCAUGAAAUGACUGUGUGUUGUGUUUUUGCUACUCUACAUUUCAAAAUCGGAGGCUUUCCCAUGAGUGUGGUAUGUUCCAAAACACUGUGUCUUCAGGUGAAGCUGUAGCCCUAUGCAUAGAUUUUUAAAAUAUAGCUUUAUUGUUUCUAUACAAGUGACUCCUUAAUGCCAACUGUCACUGCUAUACUUGUUAAUUCCAAAGGAGUUUCAAAAUUUGGUCAUCACAAAUAUAUUUUAUUAACUUCUGUCUGGCUUUUAAAAAAUUCAGGCAGCUAAAGUGUUCUUGAAAAGGGUAAGUUAAAAAUCUACAUAUUAUUUAUAACUAGUGCCUUUUGAUGGCCUCUUCUACUAUUCCUAUUCUCAUCUAUCAGGUAACAGCAGACCUUGGUUCUACAGAUCAUGGUUCUACAAAGGAAAUCAGGGCAAGUUAGUGUGACUGUAUAUUUUUUUAAUUAUCUGAAAUCACUUGAUCUCUGAUGACAAACAUUUAAAACAUUGGUGUAGCUGAGAAAAUAUAUUAUUCCAUUAUACAAAUAUCAGUUAAAUGUUGACUACAUAUAGCCAGCCUGUUUUUUACAAAAGAGAACGUGUAGCCUGAGGAUUUUCACAUUCACUUGAAUUACAGAAACUUUUCUUAGACCCAACAUCACAAAGAAACUGGAAAGACUAAAGAAUUUUGACCUUGUGCAAUAUGAAGUAAGAGCAUGGCUUUUUAUCGUGAGGAAGCUUCAGUCUGGGUCCAGCUUAGUCAGUUACCAGUGCAAAGAUAUGCUAAGCCUCUUUCUAAACCAUAGUUUCCUCCCCUGUAAAAUGGGACAAAUAAUAGUUUUACAUACAUAUUUAAAGAGCUCAGCACAGGGGUUGACAUAAAGUAAAUGCUUCAUUAAUGUUAGCUACAAUGAAAAAAUAAAUUAUUUAAACUAAUGUAUUAAAUCAGUAAUUCUUAACCUUCUGGAUUGUGGGAAACCCAUGUUACUAUGGAGAUGUUUCACCAGUCUCCAUAUGCUAAUACAUAUCCACAGCUCCUUGUCCACAAUUCCAAAAUCCCAUACUUAGGAAAUCUAUCUUGACAACUCACUUGACAGCAAACUCUGACUUCAGCAUUAUUUCUCACAUGUAGUAUGGCUCUUCACAUGUUUUGUUGCAAGGCUCUUCAUGGGUUAGAUAACAGGAUACUGACUCUGACAGGGGUGUUAAGUAAUAAAUGAUUCUGAAUUGGCUGGGUGUGGUGGCUAACGCCUAUAAUCCCAGCACUUUGGGAGGCCGAGGUGGGUGGAUCACGAGGUCAGAAGAUCGAGACCAUCCUGGCUAACAUGGUGAAACCCCGUCUCUACUGAAAAUACAAAAAAUUAGCCGGGAGUGGUGGCGGGCACCUGUAGUCCCAGCUACUUGGGAGGCUGAGGCAGGAGAAUGGCAUGAACCUGGGAGGCGGAGCUUGCAGUGAGCCGAGAUCGCACCAAUGCACUCCUGCCUGGGAGACAGAGAGAGACUCUGUCUCAAAAAAGAAAAUAAUAAAGAAAUAAAUGAUUCUGAAUUUGAAACACAUCUGGUCCUGAGUUUUAGAUAAAGGGAUUGUGGAAAUAUAGUUGUGUUCUUCACAUUAUGCAGUAUACAUGGAUUCAGAGUCUCUGUUGGGAACAAUUGUUACAGGUAACUUAUACUUGAUGUCGUUCAGUCAUAGAAGGAAUAUUAAGAAGUUACCCUGUGCCAGGAAGGAACUGGAGACUAAGAGGCAUAGGAUACAAACCCUGCAGAGAAAGACAGCAAAAUCUCAAAGCCAACAUGAGUCAUCAAGUGCCACAAGUGCCAUUCAAUCAUUCGUUCAUUCACAUUCACAGCAGUAAACAAAACAAAGAUCCACCAUCACAGAGCUUAUAUUCUAGAAGGGAAGACAGAUACAUUACUAAAUAUAUAAUGUUAGAUCAGUACUACAAAGAAAAAGUAAGUUAGUGUAAAGGCUAAAGAAGGGGUAGUUCUAUUCAGAAAAAUGAGAAAGGGAGGAAUUUCUCAGGGUGGACAAAGACAGCCUCUCCUAGGAAGUGACCUUUGAGCAGAGAGUUGAAUGGAGGUGAGGACACAUUGUGUAAAUGUCUGAGAAGAUGUUUUUCACUCCUGGCAAAUGAAAAUAGGGAUUUGAGGAACCGCAAGGAGGUCAGUGUCUGGAGUGAAAAAUAGAAAGUGAUGGGAGAUGCAGUGUUGGGAGUAACCUUGAGCCAGGUCCUGUGAGAAAUCUGCAAGUGAGGGUAGUGGCCUCUACCCAGAAGAGAGGCUGGUCAUUUGUCCUCCAGAAGGUGCUAGAGAAGGUUUCAUGGAGUCUUAACCGAAGAAUAGGAACCACUAAGUGGAGAGGAAGGGAGUGCUUCCAAGCAGAGGUUGCUGGGUGAGCAGAAGUGCUGACGGAAGAAACCCCUUGGCUUAUUCAGGGACUGGAAGCUCUUUGCUAUAGCUGGUUUCCCCAAUCUCCGUAUGCUGAUAUAUGUCCACAGCUCCUUGUCCACACUUCCAAAAUCCCAUACAUGAGAGAGAAACCAGGUAGUGAGAAAGUGAGAAAGAGGAAGCAGCCCAACUGUGGAAGGACUUGUUUUCCGUGCUAACAUUGUGGACUUUUCCAUAGUCACUGUGGAGCCAUCAAAGAGUUUCAAGGAAAGUGAAACUAGAAAUGAUCUGGCUUCAAAGCGGUAAAGCAAAAUGCCCUGUUGAAGUAAAUAAGUAAACAAGUUAUGUGCUUUUGAAUACCUAACAUUAUUCCAUUUUUUCCCUAUUGUGCCAGACCUCAUGCAGUAGCUGCAGAGUGAACCAUGCUUUUGCUGUAAGUAGGAUGGUUAUAAAAAUUCUUGAGAACUUCCUCAGAGAACACAGGCUACUAAUAGCUACAACCCCACUAUGAGUCUAUUCAGUGAGUAAGAAGGUUUCAAUACCGGGAGCAUCGUAGACUAUCACUCACAAGAAUUGUUAGAAAGCAGUUUUCCUCGCAGUGAUCAGAAGAUGACCCCACAUUUGUGAAAAAGAUUUCAUUAGUGUGCAUUGUUUAUUAUGUCUACCAGCUGCCCAUUCUUUUGCUCAUCUGUUUAAUUUUUAAUAAAUAUCAAUGAUCUGAGAGGCAUUGGGUAGCACUGAGGAUGCAUUCCGAUGUGAACAAGACUGCAGGAGCUCUGCUUUCAUUAGGCUGACAUUUAGUUGGUAGAGAUAAACUUGAAGCAUAUAAACCAAGAAAUAAACAAGAAAAUAUCAGGGAGUGAUAAGUGCUAUGAAGGAAAGAAACAAGGUGAUAGGAUAGAGAGGGAGGAGAGAGACUUCCUCAGUCAGAUGGUCAUAAAAUGCAAGUUUGAUUAAGUCAUGGCCUCAGCUUUUAAGGAAUGAUGCGCUCACCUUGCUUUCAUUCUUGCCACCUCAAUGAAAAUGAAAGAUGUUUUUGGGAAACUGAUAGCUAAUUUUCUUUUUCUUAGAAUAUUUAAUUUAGGUAAUAUGUAUUUAAAAUAAAGUUAUCACAUAAAAUAAUAUAUUGAUUUAGUAAUGCACGUUUUUCCCCUGCUCAUUUAAUGAAACAAUAUUAUUUGAAUUGUUUACUUGAAUCUUUAUUGUUAAUGAUUUUGUCAUGACCAGAGUCAUUUAAUAGUUUCCACAGCACAAGUUUGAAAUUUAAUACCUUUUUAAUCUGUCUGUGAUAUGUUGACCACUGGGUUUUUAAAACACCCAGCCACAAACACCUAUUCCCAUGAUGAGCUCAAUUAUUUCACAUUCCAAAAGGUGUUUCCUUAGUGUAACCAUUUAUGUAGAGCCUUUUAAAGUCAAUUUCAAAUGGCUAGUUUACAAGUAUUCGUCACUUGCAAUACAAAAAUAAAAAGGAAAUUUGUAUAAAAGUCUUUGCCUCUUUUUUUAAUGCUCUAUCAAGUAAAUAAACAUUCCAAACUAGAAUUAAUUGAGGUGAUUUCAGUUAAUGUUUUCACUAAACGGUUUUCAACCAGUCCAUAAGAAGAGUUCAUCUUCUUUUCAAAUUGAAGUAUUUUUUUUUUAAAUCAACAUUUUACAUGCAAAUAGUUUUAAAAGUCAAAUACUUGCACAAGACUACGGAAAACAGCAGCACACAAGUUUUCCUUUUUCAUAUUUUAUUUUAUCAUUGUGGACGUAGUGGUUUCCCAAGGGUAAGGUGAUGGAGAUAAAAAUUUUUGAGUAUUUGCCUAUCUAAAAAUUUCUAGAAAUAUUUUUAUUCUAUUCUAAUGCCUAGUUGAUAGUUUGGCAGACUACAGAAUUUUAUGUUAGAUACCAGUUUUCUUCAGAAUUCUGAAGGCAUGGCUCUAUUAUUUUGGCAAUAAUAGAGAAAUAGGAACCUUCAUACAUUAGUGUUGGGAUUUCAAAACAAUACAGUCAUUUUGGAAAACAGUCUGUCAGUUCUUCAAAAAGUUAAAUACAGAAUUACCAUAUGAUCCAGCAAUUCCACUCUCAGAUACGUAUAUACCCAAAGGAAAUGGAGAUAUACAUGUACAUAUGACUUGUUCAUGCAUAUUCUUAGUAACGUUACUCAUAAUAACUAAAAAAUUAAGAUUUCCCUAAUGUCUAUCAGCAGAUGAAUGUAUAAAUAAAAUGUAUACUUCUAUACAGUGAAAUAAUAUUUGGCCAUAAAAAAGAAUUGCAACACAAAUGAACCUUGAAAGUAUCAUGUUAAGUGAAAGAAACUAGUCACAAAAGACUAUGUAUUGUAUGAUUCCGUUUAUAUGGGAUCUCCAAAAUAGCCAAGUCUAUAGAGACAGAAAGUAGAUUAGUGGUCUCCUAGGGCUGAGAAUUUGGUAGAAAUGAGGAGUACUGCUAAUAUGUAUGAGGUUUCUUUUGUGGUGAUGAAAAUAUACUAAAAUUGAUUGUAAUGAUGAUUGCAUAAUUCAACUAAAAGUCAUUGAAUUGUACACUUUGAAUGGAUUAAUUGAAUGCUAUGUGAAUUACAGGCAUAUGUUGUUUUAUUGUGCUUUGCUGAUACUGUGUUUUCUGCAAAUUGAAGGUUGUGACAACUCUGCCUUGAGCAAAUCUAUUGGUGCUGUUUUCCCAGCUUGAGGUCAUUUCAUGCCUCUUGGUCACAUUUUGAUAAUUCUUACAAUUUUUCUCACUUUUUCUUUAUGAUUAUAAUUAUUAUGGUGAUUUGUGAUCAGUGAUCGGUGAUCAGUGAUUGUUUUGUGGUGCCACAAAUGUAAGACACUGAACUUAAUCGGUAUGUGUUUUGACUGUUCCACUGGCCUGCAGUCCUCCUAUCUCUCUCCCUCUCCUCUGGCCUCCCUAUUCCCUGAGACUCAAAAAUGAUGAAAUUAGCCCACUUACAAACCCUACAAUGGCCUCUAAGUGUCCAAGUGAAAAGAAAAAAAAUUACACAUCUCUCACUUAUUAGAAACUAGGAAUGAUUAAGCUUAGUGAGGAAGGCAUGUUGAAAGCUGAGAUAGGCUAAAAUCUAGGCCUCUUGUGCCAGUUAGCUAAGUUGUGAAUACAAGGAAAAUUUCCUGAAGGAAAUUAAAAGUACACUCCAGUGAACACACAAAUCAUAAGAAAGCAAAACAGCCUUACGGCUGAUAUAAAGUUUUAUGUCUGGAUAAAAGAUCAAACAAGCCACAACUUUCCCUUAAGCCAAAGUCUAAUCCAGAGCCAAGCUCUAAUUUUCUUCAGUUCUCUGAAGUCUGAGAGAGGUGAGAAAGCUGCAGUAGAAAAGUUGGAAGCUAGCAGAGGUUGGUUCAUGAAGUUUAAGAGCAGAAGUUGUCUCCAUAACAUAAAAGUAUGAGGUGAAGCAGUAAGUUAUGCAGAAAAUGCAGCAAAGAUCAUUGAUGAAGGUGGUUACACUAAACAACAGAUUCCCAAUGUAGACAAAACAGCCUUCUAUUAGAAGAAAAGACCACCUUGGACUUUCCUAACUAGAGAUGAAAAGUCAAUGUGUAGUUUCAAAACUUCAAAAGACAGGCCGACUCUCUUGUUAGAGGCUCAUGCAGCUGGUGACUUGAAGGUGAAGCCAAUGUUUAUUAACCAUUCUGAAAAUUCUAGGGCCCUUAAGACUUAUGCUAAGUCUACUCUGCCUGUGCUCUAUAAACAGAACAACAAAGCUUGGAUAACAGCACAUCUAUUUAUAGCAUGGUUUCCUGAGUAUUUUAAGCUCAUUGUUGAGACCUGCUUCUCAGA